UAAUACAUAUAUAUAUAUAUAUCUAUGUAUGUAUACAUGUGAUGUGAGAGCAGCCCCACUCGAGUGGCUUUCCGCCGAAUAUUUUACUCACCAAUGGAUCGGACAGCGACAAAAUCCAGAUGUGAAACCGCUACGUGUUUUUCUGGAGAAAAACGGAAAACUGUGGUUCGAUUUUGGAUGAAUCAGUUCACACUCGGAGCGGUUAUGCCAGGUUUGGAUUCUUCCGCAGUUGACAUAUGCUUUUGUUGCUCCUGCUCAGCUCCUUUUCAUCAUUUCCGUCAAUUUAUUCAACUAAUUCAACGAUUUGAUGAACUUUCCUGCUCGAGAUAAUCUGGAUUUCCGAUUGCUUUACCCGAUUUUGAGCUUAUUCGAUCCAAAAGUUGCCGUGAUAUUUAUUUCUGAUUCUCCAUUGAUGCGUUGUGCAAAUUGUGUGCUGCUGUUGUGCUAUCGUUUGAGCUGAAACGACGCCGUUUGGUUCCUGAUUUGUGCGAAUAGCGAUGUUCCGUGAGAUUUGGGGAUUUUCUGUGGUGAUACUGAAUCUGGCAUAUUGUUCUAGAGGAUUCGAUCCUGUAGAUCUCUAUUACGUCAACUGUGGAGCAUCUAGCGAUGCGAUUGUGGGGAACAUUACCUUCGUCGCCGAUAAAUCGGCGGCGAAAUUCUUAUCCACUCCACAGGACAUUCUGGCCAACACCAAUUCGAAUUCGGUAUCACAGAUUGAUGAUUAUUUCCCUCUGUUCACGACUGCUCGAAUCUUCAACGAACCAGCUAAGUAUUCGUUUCCAAUUAGGCAGGCGGGGAGGCAUUGGAUCCGCCUCCAUUUCUAUCCAUUUGUUUACCAGAAUUACGACAUGAAGUCUGCUAGCUUCUCUGUUUUCUCACAGGAAACUACACUGCUUACCGGUUUCGUCUCUCGAAAUCCGACGAUGAAGGAGUACUCGAUGAACAUCUCCGCCGGAGAACUCGCGAUCACCUUCUCGCCGGAAAGCGGUUCGUUCGCCUAUGUCAAUGGUUUGGAGGUUGUCUCUGUUCCGGAUAAUCUUAUCGCCGACGACGCGUCGCUAUACGAUCCAGCGGGGGCGUUUGAUGGACUAAUGAAUCAGGCUUUCGAAACCGUUGCUCGGGUGAAUAUGGGAGGGCCGUUCGUGUCGUUGGCGAAUGAUACGUUGGGACGGAGUUGGGUAUCCGACGGUUCGUUCUUGUUGAAUCCGAAUGCUGCGGCAAAUCUGUCGAUGGUUUCAGCUGUUCGGUAUCCCGACGGCGGUGCGACUGCGGAUACAGCUCCGCCAACGGUGUACGGAACAUGCACGAAGAUGAACUCCGAUAGCAACCGGAACAGUAAUUUCAACGUCUCGUGGGGAUUUAGAAUCGAUCGGGGCUUUCGGUACUUCGUCCGGUUGCAUUUCUGCGAUAUCGUGAGCACGGCAGCUAAUCAGCUUCUGUUCGACGUAUACAUCGGUUCGAUCCUCGUCGCCGCCGAUCUUGAGUUGAGUUCGAGAACUUUCGGGCGUUUAUCGACUGCUUACUUUAUGGACUUCGUUACGCCGGUGAUGGAUCGAGAGAAUCUGACUUUAAGCAUCGGCCCGUCUCCGAGGAGUGGCUACCCCGACGCGAUUCUCAACGGAUUGGAGAUCAUGAAGAUGAACAAUUCCGACGGCAGCUUGGCCGGGGCAUCGAACAUGCCGACGUUCCCGGGAUCAAAAUCGAAUCGUGGAAUGAUCGUCGGGUUGAGCGUUGGGAUUCCGAUUGCUUUGAUCGUCUUCGGAAUUCUAUCGCUCGUGUACUACCGAAGACGGAAACGAGAACGAGCGACUCAUUCGAAGACGUGGGUACCCAUACCGAUCAAUGGCGGAGCGUCGCAGACGAUCGGAAGCAAGUAUUCGAUCGGGACGAGCAGUAGCGACGGGUCUAACCUGAGUUACCGAAUUCCUUUCGCGGCGCUGCAAGAAGCGACGAACAACUUCGACGAAACUCGAGUGAUCGGGAUCGGCGGUUUCGGGAAGGUUUACAUGGGGACGUUAAGCGACGGGACGAAGGUAGCCGUGAAGAGAGGCAACCCGAAGUCGCAACAAGGUCUCGCCGAGUUUAGAACCGAGAUCGAGAUGCUGUCACAAUUCCGACACCGGCAUUUAGUCUCAUUGAUCGGAUAUUGCGACGACAAGAACGAGAUGAUCUUAGUAUACGAGUACAUGGAAAACGGGACGCUCAAAAGCCAUCUAUACGGAUCGAAUCGACCGAGCUUGAGUUGGAAACAAAGACUCGAAAUAUGCAUCGGCGCGGCGCGCGGACUACACUAUCUACACACUGGCUACGCGAAAGCCGUCAUCCAUCGCGACGUGAAGUCGGCGAACAUAUUGUUGGACGAGAACCUCAUGUCGAAAGUCGCCGAUUUUGGGCUGUCAAAGACGGGUCCGGAGAUCGAUCAAACUCACGUUAGCACGGCCGUUAAGGGCAGCUUCGGAUAUCUCGAUCCCGAGUACUUUCGGAGGCAACAGCUUACGGAGAAAUCGGACGUUUACUCAUUCGGAGUCGUUUUGUUUGAGGUUCUAUGCGCUCGACCGGUCAUCGACCCGUCGCUUCCCCGGGAAAAGGUGAACUUGGCUGAAUGGGCGUUAAAGUGGCAUCAGAAGGGCGAACUCGAUAAGAUCAUCGAUUCGAGUCUCGUCGGGAGGGUGAAGCCCGACUCCCUCCGGAAGUACGGCGAGACGGCGGAGAAAUGCUUGGCUGAAUACGGUGUCGAUCGGCCAUCGAUGGGCGACGUCUUGUGGAACCUCGAGUACACGCUUCAAUUGCACGAAGUCGAGCUACACGAUGAUCCCGAAGAGAAUAGCGCCAACUUUAUCGACCGGCUCUCGCCCGGCAUCGGCGAUUUGGGUAGCGGCGGCUCGAGCAAUUUCGUUGCACGGCCCACCGCCGACGGCGGCGAUCUGUCGGACGUUUCGAUGAGUAAGGUGUUCUCUCAGCUCAUAGAAUCUGAGGGAAGGUAAGUUUUAUGUGUUGUUGAAAUGGUAGUACUUUAAAAACUUUAGAGAAUAUAAUUAUGGAAUGGUAAACAUUAAGUAGGAAAUGUGUCCGCCGUGCAGCGCUGAUCAGGCUGACAUGUAUUUGUCGGAAUACCACCUAGGUGCCAUAUAGAUAACGAGGAUUAAAUAUUCGAUAAUUUUUUACUUACGGGACUAUUUUAAGA